AUGAAAUUUUUCUUGAUUGUCGAUUCACUGUCUGACAAAAAAAUUCUUUUUGGAAAGAAAACUGAUAUUGAGAACGCUGCUAAACUUUUAAAAAGGAGAAAUAUAAGUUUGAAUUUUGACAAUCCAGCCACAUCAAAUGAUUGUUUUUCUACUUCCAGUAAAUCCUCCAAUUCAGCUAAUACCACUUUCUACAGAAAGAACGAAAAAUCUCGGUACCGUUCUGUUGUCUAUCAUCAAAGGACAAAAAUUUCUGUUUAUCAAAACGACAUCACAAAAGAAGUCGUUGAUGUCAUCGUAAAUCCAGCAAACGAGUAUUUAGAUCAUAGUGGAGGUGCAGCAAAAGCAAUUGUAGAUGCUGGAGGUUGGAUUAUCCAAACGGAAAGUAAUUAUAUCAUGGAAAAUCGUCAGUCAAGUUUGAAACCAGGAGAUGUUGAAAUGACAGGAUCUGGAAAUUUGCCCUGUGAUUAUAUUAUUCACGCUGUAGGUCCAAGAUGGCUGAAUUUCAAUGAUAAAAAUGAAGCCAAACAUUUUUUGAGUGUUGCUAUUGAUAAAUGUUUGACAACAGCAAAUAAUCAAGGCUUAACAAGCAUCGCCAUACCAGCCAUAAGUUCAGGUAUUUUUGGUGUUCCUGUAACUGUAUGUGCUGAGGUACUUUUUGAUGCUGUGAUAAAAUUUGUAAAAAACUCUCCAGCUAGUGGUGCACUUAAAGAUAUCCGUCUCGUAAAUAUUGACGAGGCAACCUCAAGUGUGUUUUUGAAAGAACUGAAUAAGCGAUUUCCUGGAGGGAAUGUUGACAGUGAUAUGUUUCCUUGUACACCUGAAGGAAAGAGCAGCGACCCUGUAAAUGUUUUACCUAUAUCUUCUUCCAUGAGAGACGAGCAAUGCACCAUUUGUCUGUCGGAGUUUGAAGAGAAGACACUUGAAAAAUGUGGUCAUUCAUUUUGUACAAGCUGCAUUGAAGAGGCAUUUAAACAUAAUAAAUGUCCCGUUUGCUCCUAUGUGUACGGUGUUAUCAUUGGUGAUCAACCAGAAGGAACGAUGUCUUUCACUCUUUUCUCUCAACCUUUGCCUGGUUACCCUUCAUGUAAAACCAUUUGUAUAACAUAUAGUUUUCCACAAGGUAUUCAAGGUAAAGAACAUCCUAAUCCAGGCAAACCAUACCAAGGAACAACACGACGUGCAUAUCUUCCUGACAAUAAUGAAGGAAACAAAGUGCUUAGAUUACUUAAAAAAGCUUUCCAUCAAAAACUUACCUUUACUAUUGGACGGUCGUCAACAACUGGAGUAGAAGAUGUUAUAACUUGGAAUGACAUUCAUCAUAAAACUAACAUGAAUGGAGGCCCAUCAGCAUAUGGUUACCCUGAUCCAACAUACCUUAAACGGGUCCAGGAAGAAUUGGCUGCCAAAGGAAUUGUUGAAUAAUAUACGGACAAUGUUUCAAGAAUUUUAUAGUCUUUAUUUGGUUAGCCUUUGUGAUAAACAUCGUUACAUUUUCCAUUUAGUUUUAUGUACACACAUUUAAUGUUUAUACAGAUUUUUUUGUAAUCAACUGUUGCUUCAAGGGGGUUGGGGGAUCGAGCACUUUAAUCCAAUGAAAUAGCUUCAAUGUAAUAAGAAUGGUUGUUAGUAUUGUUUCUUUAAUGCGUUUAAUAUUUUUAAUUUAUUAUGUCAUAGCUACUGAAAAACAUAUUUUUUAUCUUGGCUCAUUAACAUGUGACAAUGUAAACAUUUGUUGUAAUAUUAAAUCAGUGAUCAUAUGUCACUAUGUUUUAAAUGUAUAUGGAAAUUACCAA